CGUGGAUCCUCUGGGGAGCCUCAACAACCUCAUGAUGCUGAAGAGGCAGAGAAGAGUCUCUCCAGAUCAGAACUCCUCAAGAAACACCAGCAGAGAUCCACAGGGAAGAGAACUCACUGCUGCUCUGACUGUGGGAAGAGAUUCACCUCCUCAGGCAUUAAAAUUCAUCAGAGAACACACACAGGAGAGAAAUCUUAUAGCUGUGAUCAAUGUGGGAAGAGUUUUACUACAUCUAGCAAUCUGACUGUACACCAGAGAACACACACAGGAGAGAAACCUUAUAGCUGUGGUCAAUGUGGGAAGAGUUUUACUACAUCUAUCCAGCUGACAUUACACCAGAGAACACACACAGGAGAGAAACCUUAUAGCUGUGAUCAAUGUGGGAAGAGUUUUACUACAUAUGGCCAUCUGACUUUACACCAGAGAACACACACAGGAGAGAAACCUUAUAGCUGUGAUCAAUGUGGGAAGAGUUUUGGUAGAUCUGGCCAGCUGACAUCACACAAGAGAACACACACAGGAGAGAAACCUUAUAGCUGUGGUCAAUGUGGGAAGAGUUUUGGUAGAUCUGACCAGCUGACAUUACACCAGAGAAUACACACAGGAGAGAAAUCUUACAGCUGUGAUCAAUGUGGAAAGAGAUGUACUACAUCUGGCCAGCUGACAUUACACCAGAGAACACACACAGGAGAGAAACCUUAUAGCUGUGAUCAAUGUGGGAAGAGAUUUACUACAUCUAGCCAGCUGACAUUACACCAGAGGAUACACACAGGAGAGAAACCUUAUUGCUGUAAUCAAUGUGGGAAGAGUUUUACUCAGCUGAACAGCCUGAUAGUACACCAGCGGACACACACAGGAGAGAAACCUUUUAGCUGUGAUCUAUGUGGGAAGAGAUUUACUACAUCUAGCGCUCUUACUUCACACCAGAGAAUACACACAGGAGAGAAACCUUAUUGCUGUAAUCAAUGUGGGAAGAGUUUUACUGAAUCUAGCUCGCUGACUAAACACCAGAGAAUACACACAGGAGAGAAAACUUAUACCUGUAAUCAAUGUGGAAAGAGUUUUACUCACCUACAAAGCCUGAUAGUACACCAGCGGACACACACAGGAGAGAAAUCUUUUAGCUGUGGUCAAUGUGGGAAGAGCUUUACUACAUGUAGCGCUCUUACUUCACACCAGAGAAUACACACAGGAGAGAAACCUUGUAGCUGUGAUCAAUGUGGGAAGAGAUUUACUACAUCUAGCGCUCUUACUUCACACCAGAGAAUACACACAGGAGAGAAACCUUAUUGCUGUAAUCAAUGUGGGAAGAGUUUUACUGAAUCUAGCUCGCUGACUAAACACCAGAGAACACACACAGGAGAGAAACCUUAUAGCUGUGCUCAAUGUGGGAAGAGUUUUACUACAUCUAUCCAGCUGACAUUACACCAGAGAACACACACAGGAGAGAAACCUUAUAGCUGUGAUCAAUGUGGGAAGAGUUUUACUACAGCUGGCCAUCUGACUUUACACCAGAGAACACACACAGGAGAGAAACCUUAUAGCUGUGAUCAAUGUGGGAAGAGUUUUACUGCAUCUGGCCAUCUGACUUUACACCAGAGAACACACACAGGAGAGAAACCUUAUAGCUGUGAUCAAUGUGGGAAGAGUUUUGGUAGAUCUGGCCAGCUGACAUCACACAAGAGAACACACACAGGAGAGAAACCUUAUAGCUGUGGUCAAUGUGGGAAGAGUUUUGGUAGAUCUGACCAGCUGACAUUACACCAGAGAACACACAAAGGAGAGAAACCUUAUUGCUGUAAUCAAUGUGGGAAGAGUUUUACUGAAUCUAGCUCUCUGACUAAACACCAGAGAACACACACAGGAGAGAAAUCUUAUAGCUGUGAUCAAUGUGGGAAGAGUUUUACUGAAUCUAGCUCUCUGACUAAACACCAGAGAACACACACAGGAGAGAAAUCUUAUAGCUGUGAUCAAUGUGGGAAGAGAUUUACUACAUCUAGCUCUCUGACUUCACACCAGAGAACACACACAGGAGAGAAACCUUUUAGCUGUGGUCAAUGUGGGAUGAGAUUUACCAGAUUUAGAUAUCUAACUAUACACCAGAGAAAACACACAGGACAGAAACCUUAUAGCAGUAAUAAAUGUGGGAAGAUAUAGCUGUGACCAGAGAUAAUCUGAUAAAAGAUCUCGGAUUCAACAUCAGAAAAUACAUGUUAUAUAAUAAAUUGGUCUAUAAUCAAUUUUAUGAACAAUCCUACAUCACUCCAGUAUUUAUUGAAAACAUUCAAGUGCUAAUUGUCUUUAUUCCAAUACUGAAGAAGCAUGACUCAAAUCACCUCAUACUUCAAACAUUCAGCCUGACAAAAGAUACAUGUUUUAUUAUUCCAUGCCUCACCCUUAAGUGAAGUAUUGCCAAUAUAUAUUAACAAAGGGGUGUACAUUUGGUUUUGAUUUUCAUAUUUACAAUUUAUGUAACAUUUAGUCAUAGUUAUUUAUGCAACCAGCUGACAAUUUUUGGGUACUAUUAUAUUGAAAUUGUUAUCCUGCUUUUAGAAUAUCAGGGAUCAUUCUCAC